AUGGCCCUCGAAACGCCCCAUCCCGUCGCCAAUGACGCGAGGGGUUCUGAGAGGAACAUCGAGGCACAAGGCGCAUUUGCAUCUAAUUUAGCCAGAUGUGGAGAAAUCCUUGAUGCUAAGGAUGGGGACCUGAGAAAGCCUCACACGAAUGGCCAAGGCUUAUCAGUCCAUACACCCGUCAACCAAGCCGGCAGCAAUGUGACCUAUGCUGCCAACGCACAUCUCAUGAACCAGGCAUUGAUGGAGAUGAAAAUGGUGCGGUUUUCCGACAGUUUCUGGUUUAUGAUGUUUGUCGUAAUUGCCCCAUCCGUCUCGAAUGAAGCCCAGUUCUUCUUCCCCGGAGAUAAAUCGUCUUACCUGUUCAUCAGUCUCCACGUCAGCGCGACUGCAUGGCCGUGGAUACUUUGUAUCGCUGGAUACGUUGUAGGCUUUGCCAUUGCGGGUAAUCUGCUAGUUGGUGCCAUUAUCCUGAUCGAGUCGGUUCCGGCAUCCCCAUCAAUAUUUACUUACGGUGCAGGGGGUGCUCUGGGGCAGCAUAGGCCAGUUGGUUUCUACAGUUGCUGGGUGCACAGAGCAAGCUCUGUGCUGACGCAUUCGUCUCGUGCUGUAGCAUCAACGCAUUCAAGCCAAAGCAGCGCAUCCUGCCGCUACGCAUCCAACAAAGGCUGGCGCUACGUGUGCGACAUAGCCGCAUACUAUAAACGACGCACCUGGCUAGGCGAGGCCUCGUUCGCCUGCGUGGACUCAACCAUCGACGCCACUGAGUCUCGUCAACAGCCACACUUUCGUUCUUUAAUCUUCGCCCUCCGACCCGCUGACCUCCCCGUCCUCUGUCUCCUGUGGGCCAUAACCGGGAUCAUAUUCUCCUUACACAAAACCUCCCUCAGCGCCUACCUCGCCGCAGCCCCCAACAUCCUCUCCAUAACCCCCACAACUGUAACAACGAACUACCUCUACGGGUACUACCUCUCUACAGCACUAUGCGCCAUCCCAGGCCCCAUCCUCGCCGGAAUUCUCAUCCAAACAAAGCUUCUCGGUCGCAAGCAUACUGGAGCAGUCAUCGCUGUUCUUACCAGUCUAUUCAUGCUUCUCGCUACUCUUGCAGUCCAGCUUGGCCGUGGGUUGUUUGGACUUGUGUCGAUUGAUAUCACUUUCGCGGAAUGUGAGCUUGCGGGUGGUACGGCGGUUUGGUUUUGCGGGGUGCGUUGGGUUGUUAUAGGGGAUGUAGAUUAG